AAAUUUUGGCAUAGUUGCCAAAAUUUUGGCAAUGCCAAAAUUUGGUAAGGUUUUUUUUGGCAGCAAAGUGAACAGGCCCUUAGUUCUUUCAGCUAGCAAAGAUCCCUCAUAAGGGUACAAGCAAGCAGCACAUGGAACUGGGUAUGUUUAUACCGUGCACCUUGGUGUUGUUAUUACUGUCAUAUGGAGCUGGAGGCAUCAAGGGCGGCGCAUCAACGCAAGAUGGGGACGUCAAUGGCACGGACUUGGCCUCGCUCCUAGAUUUCAAGCGAGCGAUCACGAACGAUCCUUUCGGAGCCAUGAGCUCGUGGAACACCAACACACACUUGUGCCGGUGGAAGGGCGUCACAUGCGACCAGCGGGCGCAUCGCGUCGUGGCACUGGACCUCGUUGGGCAAACAUUGACCGGGCAGAUCUCCCAUUCCCUUGGAAACAUGUCGUACCUCACUUCUCUGAGCCUCCCCGACAACUUGCUCUCCGGCCGAGUGCCACCUCAGCUUGGCAACCUGCGGAAGCUGGUGUUUCUUGACCUGAGUGGCAACUCGUUGCAGGGUAUUAUUCCGGAGGCACUCAUAAACUGCACCAGAUUGAGGACGUUGGACGUUUCAAGGAACCAUCUAGUUGGUGAUAUCACUCCCAACAUAGCCCUCCUCUCCAACCUGCGAAAUAUGCGGCUUCACUCCAACAACCUCACUGGGAUCAUCCCACCAGAAAUAGGGAACAUCACUUCGCUCAAUACUGUCAUUCUUCAAGGCAACAUGCUCGAGGGAUCCAUUCCUGAGGAGCUUGGGAAGCUGUCCAACAUGUCCUACUUGUUGCUAGGUGGAAAUCGGCUGUCAGGCAGGAUCCCGGAGGUGCUCUUCAAUCUGUCACACAUCCAAGAAAUAGCACUACCACUUAAUAUGCUGCAUGGUCCAUUGCCAUCUGACCUUGGCAACUUCAUUCCUAACCUUCAGCAACUUUACUUGGGUGGUAACAUGUUGGGAGGUCAUAUCCCUGAUUCAUUGGGCAAUGCAACUGAACUGCAGUGGCUAGACCUAUCAUAUAACCAAGGGUUUACUGGCCGAAUCCCUCCUUCUCUUGGUAAACUCCGGAAGAUCGAAAAGCUUGGUCUUGACAUGAACAAUCUUGAAGCAAGAGACAGUUGGGGAUGGGAAUUCCUAGAUGCAUUGAGCAACUGCACGCGUCUUAAGAUGCUCUCACUGCACCAAAAUCUACUGCAAGGUGUCCUGCCGAAUUCUGUUGGCAACCUCUCCUCUAGCAUGGACAACCUUGUGUUGAGUAACAACAUGCUUUCAGGGUUAGUGCCCUCGAGCAUAGGAAAUCUUCAUAGGUUAACUAAGUUUGGAUUGGAUUUCAACAGUUUUACUGGUCCGAUUGAAGGGUGGAUUGGAAGCAUGGUAAAUUUACAGGCUUUAUACCUAGACAGCAACAACUUCACUGGGAACAUUCCAGAUGCCAUUGGCAACACCUCCCAGAUGUCAGAAUUGUUUCUUUCAAACAAUCAAUUCCAUGGUCUCAUACCAUCCAGCCUAGGAAAACUUCGACAGCUCUCAAAGUUAGACCUCAGUUAUAACAAUCUUGAAGGCAACAUACCUAAAGAGGUCUUCACAGUACCCACAAUUGUCCAAUGUGGAUUAUCCCACAAUAAUUUGCAAGGCCUGAUCCCUUCUUUAAGUAGCCUUCAACAGCUUAGCUAUCUUGAUCUUUCAUCAAAUAACCUUACUGGGGAAAUUCCUCCUACUUUGGGCACAUGUCAGCAAUUAGAAACCAUCAACAUGGGGCAAAACUUCCUCUCAGGAAGCAUUCCCACAUCUUUGGGAAACCUUAGCAUCCUAACUUUGUUCAAUCUUUCACAUAACAAUUUGACAGGAUCUAUCCCAAUUGCUCUAAGCAAACUACAGUUUCUCACCCAGUUGGAUUUAUCAGAUAAUCAUCUUGAAGGUCAAGUGCCAACAGAUGGGGUAUUCAGAAAUGCUACGGCCAUCUCACUUGAAGGCAACCGACAGCUUUGUGGAGGAGUACUGGAGUUACAUAUGCCUUCAUGCCCCACUGUUUAUAAAAGUAAAACUGGACGACGACAUUUUUUGGUCAAGGUAUUGGUCCCUACAUUAGGCAUUUUAUGUCUCAUAUUUCUGGCCUACCUUGCAAUUUUCAGAAAGAAGAUGUUCAGAAAGCAGUUACCAUUGCUGCCUUCUAGUGAUCAGUUUGCUAUAGUUUCUUUUAAAGAUCUAGCUCAAGCUACAGAGAACUUCGCAGAAAGUAAUCUGAUUGGGAGAGGAAGCUACGGUUCAGUGUACAAAGGAACGCUAACCCAAGAAAACAUGGUUGUCGCUGUGAAAGUUUUUCAUCUUGAUAUGCAAGGUGCAGAUAGAAGUUUCAUGACAGAAUGCAAAGCUUUGAGGAGCAUUCGGCACCGGAAUCUACUUCCAGUUCUAACUUCAUGCUCAACAAUUGAUAAUGUAGGCAAUGAUUUCAAGGCUCUAGUGUAUAAGUUCAUGCCCAAUGGCAACUUGGAUACUUGGCUGCACCCCGCAAGUGGUACAAAUGCUUCAAAUCAACUGAGCCUGUCCCAAAGAAUAAAAAUAGCUGUUGACAUAGCAGAUGCAUUGCAAUAUUUACACCAUGACUGUGAGAAUCCUAUAAUACACUGUGAUCUAAAGCCAAGUAAUGUCCUCCUAGAUGAUGAUAUGACUGCUCAUUUGGGAGAUUUUGGCAUAGCACAUUUCUACCUCAAAUCCAAGUCACCUGCCGUUGGAGAUUCGAGCUCAAUCUGUUCGAUCGGUUUGAAAGGAACUAUAGGGUAUAUUGCCCCAGAAUAUGCUGGAGGAGGAUUCCUCUCAACCUCUGGAGAUGUAUACAGCUUUGGCGUAGUACUAUUGGAGUUGCUAACAGGGAAAAGGCCUACUGAUCCUCUGUUCUGCAAUGGACUUAGCAUCGUCAGUUUCGUCGAGAGGAACUAUCCAGAUGUGAUAGAUCAUAUCAUUGAUACUUACCUCCGAAAAGAUCUCAAGGAGCUUGCUCCAGCGAUGUUGGACGAAGAGAAGGCAGCAUACCAGUUGCUGUUGGACAUGCUUGGAGUGGCACUUUCCUGCACACGCCAGAAUCCCAGUGAACGAAUGAACAUGAGAGAGGCAGCAACAAAGCUGCAAGUGAUCAACAUAUCGUAUAUAUCUGGAAUGUAGAGCUAAGUAUACUAUACACUUCAUUAGUGCGCGUACCACAGUGUAUAAAAUGGCAGGUGGCAUUUACAAGUAACUGUCUUUUGUUAUCCAUACAUUUGAUUAUAAGGGCAAUGCAAGUACAAAAUUUACUCAUCUGUAGACGCGGGCAGUCUCCCCGUAGCUGCUGUAGCCUGUUUUGGAGGAGUUUGGUGUAGAAUGUAAUCUCUGUAGCUUGAUUCAAAAAAAAAAUGUAAUCUCUGUAGCUUGUAACUCUCUUGCCGAAAAAUCUUAAUAAACUUUGGCUGGCAUACGCCAGCCUGCGAAAAAGCAAAA